AUGAUCUUCACUAUCGUCAACGCGGUGCUCUCCGCGAUUUUCCUUAUGCUGGUCGUGGUGCCGCCGCUGUACAUCUUCAGCCCUGACGAUAACGCCGGAGAGCCGAAUCGGCUGCCGAGCGCUGGCGAGGUCCUCCUAGAUGAGAGCGUGACUCAGGGCGUGAAGCAGCGGCUGUAUGUGCUGGUCGUCAUCCCGACAUGCACCACGCUGAACGCCCUCUUCCUGUACUUUGCCUACUAUCGCCCAGUGCGUUUUGUCCACUAUCGUGUCGAGCUGAACGUGCUGACGCUACGGUGGACCUUGGAGGCGAGGCGCCAGCAGCUGCAGAAGAGCGGCGUGCUCGCCGUCGGCAACCGCAGCAUCGUCGGCGGCGGCGUGUCUGCCUCGAGCUUUGUGGUCAACGGCAGCAGCGUCGCCUCCUUGAAGCGAUCAGAGAUGUCCACGCGAACCGUCCACCUCGGCCAAGGCAGCAACCAAGCCCAGCGACUCGCGAGCACCCUGAAGUGGGAGUGGCGUCGGCACGUGCGGCCCAAGAGCGUGCGCAAGGAUACGUGGGUGAAUUCGGCCGUCUUUGCGGAGAUCGGAGACCUGCGCGACCAGGUGGAGCAGCACUUUCUGACAAAGGCAAGCGUGGCUGAGGCGAAUUUUACGAAGGCGGUGGUGAAAGCGGUGGGCGUCUUUGUGCCGCCCACCUCCGCAGCGCUGCUGGGGCAGGUGACGGACGUCGCCGCGGAGGCAAAGCAAGGGAAUGGCUUCUACCUCUCCAGCCGCCCACCGCUGUCCACGCUCGGCUCCCCCCGCUCAGGCCCUCGGAGCACGGCACGGCACGGCAUGCUCCGCGAUGGCAAGGCUGCGCCGCGGCCCCAGAGCAACGUUGCACCACUUGUGCCGGCUGAGAGUCUCCACCCUGAUCACCCGCGGGGUUCCAUCAUGCCGGCAAGCAGCAGCGGUGGCGGUAGCGGGGUGAGCUGUGUCGGCUCCAAAUUCGCCGUUUUCCGCGGAGGCGAGAGCACCUCCUGGGGCCGGAGCAACACCGGCGCAGGCUUACCACAAGUCUUGCGAAGCAACGCGCUGGAGCGGACGCGCGAGCCGGCCGACAUGUAA